AGCACUUGCGCGAUCUGUUUGCACCCCCCCGUUUCUGCACACUCUGCGCUGCGCUGGAUCCUCUUGGAAGCGCAACGAAGCUGAUUAGACAUUUGGCGAUCAUUGCUCAUGACGCAUGUUGCUCCACAUGCACAACAUUCCACGCCCGCACAAUUCGACCGCGCCGCGCAGCCCUAACAACACCACAACCGCCCACGCACGUGUAGGAUCUCCCACUCGCCGCCGAAUGCGGACGUUCGCCGACGAAUUCGACUGAGAUGGCGGCGUCCGAAACCCUGGGCGCAGUUGAUCUCGUGCGCACCUCCUCGCAGAACUCGCACGUCUCCAACGGCAGGAGGAGCGGCACGGUACGCGUCAGGCCCCUCAAACGCGCCUCGAAUACUUCGCUGGGGCGCACCCCGUCGCCUGCCGCCGACGACAAGAGCCUGACGUCGUUCCCCUCGCUGUCGCCCACCCCCGACUCGUCGCCCGUCCAGUCGCGUGUCAAUGGCUGGUUCCGCUCUGCCGUGGGCGCGGGCGAGCCUGGCGACAAGCAGCCCGAGAACAUUCCCAGAAGCUCUCCAGAUACCGUCAUAGUCCCCUCCCCGUCGCCGGAGCCAAACAAAACCCCCGCCCCGGCCCCGCCGUCGACGGUCAGGAAGGUCACCAAGUCCACGCAGCAGAUUGUGGGCAGCCUGGUGCAGAGAACAGGCUCCGUGCGAGACCGUUCUGCAUUGUUCGACGACACACCGCCCGAUGCGAGCAAGGUCCCCGGAAAUGUUCACUAUUCCAGCGACCAGAACAUCCAAGACAUGAUCGGCCAGACGGGCGCGGUCGCCUUGGUGCGCCAGAUGGCCGGGGACCUGGCACAGCGCGAUGCGCAAAUCACCGCUUUGCGAAGAAGAGCAGAGGAGCGCGAGAGGAUCCUUCGCAAGAUGCUACAAGAGUGCGAGGUUUCGAAUAUGGACAUCGAGAACAGGCUGAGGGAGUUGGAACGAGGCCGCGAACACGCUCAGAACAACGGACUCGCAGGUGCCAGAAAACGAGACAGCGAGAGCAAUUUGCCUGGAUUACACCCCGACGACCCCAUGGACCAGCGCAUCGCUCGAGCCAUGGAAGACGAGAUUGUCGAGCACCCUGAUGCUCUGGGCUUCGAUUCGGGCAACAACGCUUUGGAGCAGGAUAGCGCGUCGAUCAGUUCGGUAUCAGAGGCACCCAAGGAGCCUCGUGGCAACUGGAGGAGUUUGCUCUUCAGUGGAGCGAGUAGGAAGAGCAGCAGAGCCCCAUCAGUGGCGAGCUUGAUUGACAGAGAUGCAGAGAGCAUGUCUGCCCACACGCGAUCCCGAGCCUCCAGUGGGGCGAAGACGACUCGCAAACCCAUCAGUAACAACCUAUUUGUACCACCCGGCUCAGAUCAAGGCGCCAUACCCACGCUGCGUCGGCUACAGAGUCAGGACCCCAUUCAGUCUGACCAGUCUUCUCGGCGGUCGUCAGGUUCGAUCAUGAACUGGACAUUGAAGAUGGUCGCGGGAAAUAAUCAGACACGCGUAUCAGACAAAGGAAAUGCUGUACGGGGUCGCAAAAGUGCUACAUCCGACCCCGCGGACAGAACGCCUUCCAUCGACUCUGCCAGGACAACGCAAUCAGCCAAGUCCGGCCCGCCAGCUGCUCAGCGUCGUGCAGGUCGUGUCCUCGGUCCCAACGGAACCAUCAAAAGCAUUACGGGCGACAUCCCAAAGAGCGGAUCAGUCAAUCCCAGCCCUCAGCCUCCGGGUCGUGGUCUCAGCAACCUAGGACCUGUAGAGAUGGACAGAAUCUUGCCUGAAGAUUCGCGGCCCCCAACAUUGGUCCAAAAUCACAACAGAUUCAUGACAAACAAUGAAUAUCUUACCGAUAGAUUCGGAUUCAUCUACGACCAGCGCAGGAAAAAGAGGCAGAGUGAAGCAGCCGCUGCACUGACCAAGCAAAAGCGCAGCAGCAACGUAGAGUCUCUGGGUCAUCAUCGAUCUGCGCUGCACAACAUGGGCUUGGAAGAUGAUGAGGAUGAGACCACUCUUCAGCGGACUCGCACCAAUGACUCGCCUUCGCCGUCACGCCCUGCGAGUAGUGGCUCGGAAGACCAACUGAACAGGGUUCCUACCAAGACCUGGGCCGACUAUCUCAAGCUCGCUACCCAUCCCACGGAGCUUCUAUCACAUACCCCUGCAACAGGUCCCAUUACAAGAGUCGAAGCGGCCGAAGCCGAAGUAUUGGCUCCAAAGCUUAGUCAGGUCGUAGUUGCCAAGCGAGGGUCUAUGCCUUCUGCCAGUGCGAACCCGGAACCAUCACCUUCACGGAUCGUUUCUGCUAGAGGAGAAUUCUCCAUCUCUGCGCCUUCUGGCCCAACGUCUCCCGUCAGUCCUCUUCCACCGCAAAUCGACCCUGUCAAGGCGCUCCUUGAGCAGCUCACUGAGCUCCAUGAUAAUUUACAGAAAGAGAAGACAAUCAAAUGGAACGAGUUCCUGCGCAAGGUCCGCGCUGAGCGGAAACGACAAGGCGAAGCAGUGGGUGUCGAGGGUAGAGGCAAAGGGCUUGAUAUGCCGGAAUCUCAGCUGGCCGAUGGUGAGAUCGUUGGUGUGGCUGGUCUCGGUAACAAGGGCAAGGUUGGGCGCGCAAAGUGGCAGGAGUUCCGUCGACUCGUGCUCGGAGGCAUUCCUGUCACGUAUCGAGCGAAGAUCUGGGCUGAGUGCAGCGGGGCUUCUGCCUUGCGCAUUCCCGGCUACUACGAGGAUCUCAUUAACAACGGGGAGGACAACCCGAGCAUUGUUACGCAGAUUCAGAUGGACAUUACGCGGACGCUCACAGACAACAUUUUCUUCCGUAAGGGCCCUGGAGUGCAUAAGCUGAACGAAGUGCUUCUCGCCUACUCGCGCCGCAAUCCUGAAGUUGGCUACUGCCAAGGCAUGAACCUCAUCACCGCCUGCCUCCUGCUGAUCAUGCCCACCGCCGAAGACGCAUUCUGGGUCCUCGCCACGAUGAUUGAGAAUAUCCUCCCGCAAAACUACUACGACCAGCACCUCCUCACCUCCCGAGCCGACCAGUCCGUGCUCCGCGAGUACGUCGUCGAACUGCUCCCCAAACUCUCCAACCAUCUUGAGCUCCUCGAAAUCGAGCUCGAAGCCCUCACCUUCCAAUGGUUUCUCUCCGUCUUCACCGACUGCCUCUCCGCCGAGGCCCUCUAUCGUGUGUGGGACGUCGUUCUCUGCAUGCAGGAUGGCUCAACCUUCCUCUUCCAAGUCGCCCUUGCCCUGCUCAAGCUUAACGAAAAGCAGCUCCUCCAGUGCGAUACACCGGCCGCGAUAUAUCACUACAUCAACCACCAGAUGACCAACCACGCCAUAUCCAUCGACGGCCUCAUCCAGGCGAGCGACGCGCUCAACAAGGAGGUCAAGCGCAAGGAUGUCGAGGAGCGCCGCGCGCGCGCCGUCGCGCACGAGAUAGAGCUCAUGCGGCAGCGCGAGGAAGCGCGGACAGAGCGGGCCCGCAGACGCGCGUCCAAGAUCUCGGAGGAGGCGGCGCCCGGGCUGGACGCGGCGCUCGCGCAGAGGGAGCCGUCCCUCUCGGCGAGUCUGGAUGCCGAGCUCUCACUGCAGACGAGCCCGAUGCGCACGCCGCUAUCGAGCGCGACUCGUCGGAGCGAGGAGGAGGACGCCGAGCUGCUGAAUCAGAGCUUGGACAGUUUGGCUGCGAGGACGCCGAUGCCGAUUGAGGAAGAGAGUUUGUGGCGCGCUUGAGGGGGGCGGAUCGUACGGACGUAUUAACACACAGGACCGGCCAGCUUUGGGUACGGUGGUGUCUUGUGUACUGUGGUGUUCUAUACCUGUUCCCCCUUUUCUAACUUGAUUUCUUUCCCCUCAGUCUCAUUUCAGCAACAUACACACUCGUUUUUUUUUUCUCGCAUAGUGGAUGGAUGGUGGGAGGACGCUUUUCCCUGUGAUACCCCAUGACAUACCCCAGCUCAGGUCGCUCGUUUGACAAGUUCCAUACUUUUCUUGUUCGCAUUUCUGCAUUGGCGGCGCAAGGCACGGAAACAUAGCAUAGCAUACAUAUACCCCCAGAAUGCGCGGCGGUUGGCGUCUCUUCGAGUUGGUGCGGGCUUCGGCCUGGUUCUUGUAGUGAAGUUGUAUUUGAAUUUAGACAUUAAGUAC